CGGGGUCAACGGGGACCUAUAAGGGAGAGAGACUCCAUUGACACCGUAUUUUUCACGAAGACAUGGGAGAGAUGGCAGAGAACGACGAGUUUUACCUGAGAUAUUACGUCGGUCACAAGGGAAAAUUCGGGCACGAGUUCUUAGAGUUCGAGUUUAGACCAGAUGGCAAGCUCCGUUAUGCUAACAAUUCAAACUACAAGAACGAUACCAUGAUUCGCAAAGAGGUCUUCCUUACCCCUGCUGUCCUCAAAGAAUGCCGUCGCAUUGUUGCCGAUAGCGAGAUCAUGAAAGAAGAUGAUAACAACUGGCCUGAACCAGAUAGAGUGGGUAGGCAGGAGCUUGAGAUUGUGAUGGGAAAUGAACACAUAUCUUUCACUACAUCUAAGAUUGGUUCGCUAAUGGAUGUUCAGACCAGUAAAGAUCCCGAGGGACUUCGUAUCUUCUAUUAUCUUGUUCAGGAUUUGAAGUGUUUUGUGUUCUCUCUCAUCUCACUCCAUUUCAAGAUCAAGCCUAUUUAACUCAUGCAUUUGACGUGCUGAAAUUUAGCAGGACGUGCUUGGCUUCAUCUUUUAAAUGUGUUGAGUCGUGUAUCCUGGAAGUUAGAGAAGUGAAUUUGUAUGAUGCCGUUGUUCUUUGUUUUGCUUUUGUUGAAUUUAUGGAAUUGGUUGUUUUUUAGACCUUGUUUUGCGAGUAAAGAUAAGUUUUCUGUGUUC